AUGUCUCCAAGGACCAACAGCGACUCUGAACGGGUCUCUCUCUCACAGCCCAUGCACACCUCCAUGGUUUCAGGAAUCUCAAAUCUUGCCUCAAGAUCAAUCCAGGAUGAUGAAAUGUCGAGCCAUGACAGUUCCUCGUUAUGCUCAAGUAUCCGUACAACCCAUGGAAAUACCCAGGACAUGAAAGACUGGACCUUGAGCCGCCAAGAAUCUAUUGACCAGGCUAUGUCAAAAGCAGACUCACCCGAGGUGCACAUGCUUUCUUUCUCGCUGUCUCAGCAGCUCAUGACCCCCACGGUCGGACCACAUGAUGUUAUGUACCCAGGUGUGGACUUCCCAGCAGUCCCUGACAUGAAUGACCAUGAAAUGUCCCGGGAUCUUUAUAACUCUUUCCUGGAUUUCUCUUCUGUUGAAAAUGAUGUCUGUGUCGGCAAUGGCACGCCAGAUGAUGCUCUCUCCAUCGGACACAGCUCCCACAGUACCGAGGAUGGUCACUAUAUCACAGGCCCAGAGUCAUGGACCCCAAUGAUGCAUGAUGCCCAUUACCCAGGAACUACCAUGGAACAAUUCUCUUCAGGUCUUUUCCAGACCGUGCCGGUCUCUCCACCACUGACCGACGCUAGCAAUGACAUGUCUGUCACUUCUUCUUGCUCCCACUCAGGAUUCACUGCUUUUAUGGCCCCAGAUGAUGCACUUCUGGGAGAUUUUGUCGCGUCGCCUAUUGGAGCGACUCAUGGACUCCACCCAGCAGAGCCUUUGUUCCCUAGCAGCUCCCUCAAUGACAGAGACAUCAACAGGACUAUCAGACCAUCCAAGCAAUCCCGCCGCUCAGCAUUGUCGGCCGUUUCUCAGCACCAAGGAAAGACCGAUCCCGAGUUCUUCCCAAGCCUUCCAGUGAGAGAGCCAACCCGUCAGAGAUCCAAGGAGGGUGCCGAAUCUCGCAACCCGCGAGAGCACCAAUAUUAUUCCAUGUCUACUCACAGUGACGGAAAAUACUACUGCCCAUUUGCUACUGGAGAGAAACCCUGCAACCACCCACCUACCACGCAAAAAUGCGCUUACCAGCAAGUCUUCCCCAAGUACCUGGAUUCCCAUUUGAAGCCAUACCGCUGCAAGGUCCCCGCCUGCAUUGAUGCUCAGCUGCGAUUUUCCUCAAACGCAUGUCUCUUCCGCCAUGAACGUGAAGCCCACGGACUACAUGGCCAUGGAGACAACCCUCACCUCUGCCUAUGGGAGGGAUGCGAACGUGCCGUCCCAGGAAAUGGAUUCCCACGGAGAUGGAACCUUUACGACCACAUGCGCCGUGUGCACGACUAUGCUUCCUCCGAGCGCCACAGCUCGCCAGAGACCUCCCCUGGCGCUGGUCAGAUUAAGAAGAAGGAACCCACUGGUCGCAAGAGAAGAGUCACUGGUGCCACCCCGGCCCCAACCAUGAAGCGCACCCGCUCCGUCCACUCCACAGCCAGCUCUGUCAAGGCCCCUCAGAAUUCUGCCAGCCUUGGACAGCGCCUCCAGAACGCCGAGCAGAACUACUACAAGUGCCGCUCUCGUUUGCUCGAGGAUCUGGGUAGCAUCUCCCCUAAGGAUACCUCAAUGCACGACAAGGUCAAUGCCGGCCUCCAGGAACUGUUCACACUGGGCCUGAACUACCGCCACCUUGAAGCUAGCCAGGCUGUUUCUCACAUGCCCAAUGGAUUGCCCGCCUGA